AUGGCGAAACUAUCACAGCAAAAUCAGAGGAACAAUUCAAACAACACUAUUACUAAUAAUAAUGCAAAUAAUAUUAGUGGUUCAGUGGUUAAGGUGAAAAGAACAAGAAAAACUGUUCCAAGAGACUCUCCUCCUCAACGUAGCUCCAUUUAUCGCGGAGUUACAAGGCAUCGAUGGACGGGUAGAUAUGAAGCUCAUUUAUGGGAUAAAAAUUGCUGGAAUGAGUCUCAGAACAAGAAAGGAAGACAAGUUUAUCUUGGUGCUUAUGAUGAUGAAGGAACAGCUGCUCAUGCUUAUGAUUUGGCUGCACUUAAAUACUGGGGAAGUGAAACCAUUCUUAAUUUUCCGCUAUCAACCUAUGAAAAAGAAAUCACAGAAAUGGAAUGUCAGUCCAGAGAAGAAUAUAUUGGAUCCUUGAGAAGGAAGAGCAGUGGAUUCUCAAGAGGAGUUUCGAAAUAUCGUGGAGUGGCAAGGCAUCACCAUAAUGGAAGAUGGGAAGCUCGAAUUGGCAGAGUUUUUGGCAACAAGUACCUUUACCUUGGAACAUAUGCUACACAAGAAGAAGCUGCAACUGCAUAUGACAUGGCAGCUAUUGAAUAUCGUGGACUAAAUGCUGUGACCAAUUUUGACCUUAGCCGUUACAUCAAAUGGCUAAAACCUAACAACAACAAUAACAACAACAACAACAAAAACAUCGAUCAGUCAACCCCUCAUGUUGAAACUAACAUGAUCCCAAGUCCAAAUCAUAGUAUUGGAUCAACCUCUACUUCGACCAAGGCCACGACCUCGACCUCUGCCUCUGCAGCUCUUGUUUAUCCCCACCUACAACUUACCUCAGGUACCACUAUACUUAAUGCCUCGAUAUCUCAAACCCGACCAUCUUCUGCCACGUCAGCCCUUGGGCUACUGCUCCAAUCCACCAAGUUCAAGGAAAUGAUGGAAAUGACCUUAGCGGCCGAGUGCCCGCCUGCACAGGUCGAAUUAUCCGACCCGGACCAGCCACAAAGUAGUAGCUUCCCUGAGGAUAUGAAAACUUAUUUUGAUACUCAAGAAUUUGGUAAUUUUGGUCAUGAUCAAGGAGAGGAUAUGAUUUUUAAUGAGAUCAACUCCUUCAUGCAACCACUUUUAGAAUUUGAGUUUAAUGCUUAG